AUGAGUUUGCCGUCGGGUGUGGAUAUGCAGAAUCUAAUGUCACAGCAUCCGGUGCUUGGUGCCUUGCCACCUGCCUUCUUUCUCCGCGCCGCCUCAGAGCGUUAUCAGCGCACUCCAAAGUGCGCGCGUUGUCGCAAUCAUGGCGUGGUGAGCGCGUUAAAGGGUCACAAGCGCUACUGUCGCUGGCGGGAUUGCGUUUGUGCCAAGUGCACGCUAAUUGCGGAACGUCAACGUGUCAUGGCUGCACAGGUUGCCUUGCGCCGCCAACAGGCGCAGGAGGAGAACGAGGCGCGUGAGCUGGGCUUGCUUUACACUUCAGUGCCAGGAUCGGCGCAACAAAAUGGCAACGACAGCAUAACGUCUAGUUCACACAGCCCCACACAUGCUGGAGCCGCCGGCGCAGGAGCAGCUCCAGCACAGAAUGGUGUUUUCCACGGCGGUAUACCCUCGCCACCCAGCGAUGGCUACGAAGCCAGCACUACGCCCAGCCAUCAGCAUCAACAGCAGCAGGAACAACAACAACAACAGCAGCAGCAGCGUCAGUCGGCGCAACAUUACAACGGCAAUGAAUCCGACACGGAAGGACGCACACGUUCCGAGCAUCUCAGCGUAGGCUUCUCCCCCACACGCACAGAGCUCGACGAAAGUCCUGUUUCUAAACGUGGCGCUGCGCAUUCCAAUGAAACUGAUCAGGAUUCUGGCUCCGAGUCGGGCUCGCCCAGCAGUCCCAGACCCAAGGUGGCGGGACUGUUCAAUCUGACCUCCAGCCUAUCGCCCGCACGCACCGGUCCGCCCAGCUCACCUGAAUCCGAUUUGGAUGUGGACUCGGCGCCCGAUGAGGCCACACCCGAGAAUCUCAGUCUCAAGAAGGAGGACAGCAACUCGCCUCCAAACACACCCGCCGAGAAUCUGCAUCUGUUGCGCUCCUUUGGUAAUGGGCAUGGUCAAGGCUUCAUGCCCUAUCACCAUCAGCAGUUCCUUGCCGCCGCUGGCCUGCCCGCUCAUCAUCCGGUGGCUCAGUCAGCAUUACAACAGCAGCAGCAACAGCAGCUGGCGCAACAUGUUCAGGCACAGCAGCAGCAACAGCACCAUCAUCAUCAGCAACAGCGUUCACCCAUUGAUGUGCUCAUGCGAGUGUUUCCCAAUAGACGACGCAGCGAUGUCGAGCAUCUAAUGCAACGCUUUCGCGGUGAUGUGCUGCAGGCAAUGGAGAGCAUGCUGGCUGGUGAGGAUAUGACACAGACACCGCCGCCCCCCCAGGUGCCAUCUUCACCGCCAUUUCCCAUGAAGUCCGCCUUCUCGCCACUGGUGCCGCCCACAGUCUUCGGUUCACCUACGCAUCCGCACCGCUAUCACCCGUUCAUGCAGGCGCAUGCCAAGCGCUUCCUCUCCGCGCCCUAUGCCGGCACGGGCUAUUUGCCCGGCGUGCUAAGUGCUGCCGACAUAGAGCAAUCGGAGUCGAAUGGAGCCAAUAGCAUGGCCAUGGACCGUUGCAGCAAUGCGGGUGACUCCCAAGAUUGAGACAACAGCAACAGCAGUAACGUCCCCACUAGCGUUGCUGUCGUCUUCCGCCCCUUUGAAUAGUAUCGCCAUAUUCAAGACUGUUUCUGUUUCAGUCGCCAUUAAAUUGAAACUCCAGCGACGCUUACAUAUUGUAAACAGAUAUGGAUCCGCGGAAACAUU